CACAAGGUUACCACACACACUUACAAAGAUAACCACUGAGCUAAAAAGGAACCAUGCUGUGGACACCAAGCCUCAGAGACCUGGUCCUGGCGGUGUACAGUAUUACACUGAUCACUGGCCUCCCUGCCAACCUGUUGGCUCUCUACACCUUCAUUCGAAAGGUGAGGAUGAACGCCACCCCCAUCGACGUGCUCCUCCUCAGCCUCACCAUCUCCGACCUCAUCUUUCUCUUCUUCCUCCCCUUCCGCAUGAAAGAGGCGGCCGACAUGAAAUGGACAAUAAGCUACUUCCUCUGCCCUCUUUCCGGAUUUAUCUUCUACACCAGCAUAUACAACAGCACCUUCCUCCUAACAGCCGUCAGUGUGGAGCGUUACAUGGGAGUGGCCUUCCCCAUCAAGUACAAACUCAAGAGGCACCCCCGGAAUGCAGUGAUAGCAAGUGUUAUCUUCUGUGUGGUUUCCAUGGCGCACUGCAGUAUUGUCUACUUUAUGCAGUACUAUGACCACACCAACAGCACCGUCCUUGACCCGUCCAAGCGGAAUACCUGCUAUGAAGACUUCAGUGAUGAACAGUUAACAAUCCUUCUGCCUGUGCGUUUGGAGCUGUUCUUAGUGCUUUUCUUAAUCCCUUUUAUGAUCUGCUGCUUCUGCUACAUCAACUUCAUCCUCAUCCUCUCCCGGCUGCCCAACAUUAGUUCCAAGAAGCGUUUCAGGGCCAUUGGGCUCUCUGUGUUUACCCUCCUAGUCUUCAUCAUCUGUUUCAUGCCCUACAAUGUGUCCCAUAUAGUGGGUUUCAUUGGCUGGUACAGUCCCAGCUGGAGAGUGUACGCACUGCUCACCAGCACCUUCAACGCCUGCUUGGACCCCUUCAUCUUCUAUUUCUCCUCUGCAGCACUCCGGGGGACAUUCAACCACUUCAUACGAGGACUUGUCAAAAGGACGAACCUGUCCUGCUGCCAGAGAGCUCGCAACUUUCCCCAGUUAACCUGCAUGACUACCGAGGAGAGCACACAGAGCUCCAAUGACAGUUCCCGCUAGACUCCACAGCUAUCAGAGUACAGGACUGCAAACAGGUGUAGAUCUCCGAUCUACGUGAUUGUCUCUGGCAGUGUGAGGAUCAAUUCCACAGCUGUUGGCAGGACAGUAAAGACCAGUCUAGCUUUGCCCUUCCACCUUUCGGUGUCUGAGCACCAUUCAUUCAUUGAGAUCAAUCCAAUGCUUAUUGUUGGUGGAGGUACAACUAUUACGCUGUACCUGUGAAUUUCUGAUAAAGAGCCCAUGGAACAGUAGAACAUGGCGCUUGCUUGCAUCUUACCGUCUGUGCCACUGUUUAACCUUAAUGCCAGAUGGAAGGGAUAUGGUGCCUUACUCUUAAAGAACUCUGCUGGGACUUGAAUUUCAUAGCCAUACACACCACAGUGUGCAAAAACCUCACUAUCAGUUUCACCAAGGCAUUAUUACAGAAGUAUUUUCCUGCAUUUAGUUCUCACUCUGUUCAACAACUUUUAGACUGAAUGUGUAUUCAGUUUUAUUUAUUCCUUAUCCGUUUUAUAUGAUCCUUUACUACAGCUUAUUGUACUGAAAAAAUCCAAGAUGUAUUUAUGAAAUAUCUGCGCUGCUUUGUAUUAUGCGUGCUAAAUGAGGUAUACAUAUUUAAACGUGUAUAAUUCUGCAUAGAAAUCAUUCUACGCAAAUGGAUUCUUACUGCAUGAAUAGCCUUUGAGAUUAAAUGUCAAGAUCAGAAGGCUCAAAUUGAGGAACAGAAGGCAAACUGAUUGCAACAGUUCACAGCUCACACUGCACUGUGGAAACCACAGACUCUGACUCCAACAGCAGCAACAUACUUCAUGUGGGUAUAUAUACACUGGGGGAAGAGAAACAAUACAUUAGGUUUACUAAAUUUAAUUGUGAACAUUGGUUUCACAUUAAUUGUUUGCUUUAGCAGAGUUCUGCACAUUGGUGUUGUUUGAACAACUGCAGGUUUGAAUGAUGGUUUAUUCAAGAGCAAACUCAUCGAGGAAAUGAAAUGAGCUACUAAUAGUGACUCAUUUCCCUUUUUUGUGUGUAUCACUACUUUUACUUGCUAGUAACAUACAAAUAAAUGAGUGCAUUGCAGUUCAUUUGAAGUAUUUUAUUUAAGGUCAGCCAGAAACAAGAUUAAUGUAAUAUUAACAUUAUAAUCUAAUGAUUUAUUAUAAGAUAUUAGAAUAUGACCGGUGUGCUAGUUCCCUGUAUUUUGCACGUUGCAGCAUGUCGUACUGUUUGUCAAAAGGCUCAGAAAUACAUAUAAAACAUAUUAAUAUAGAUAAUUUUAAUCACAACAAUUUAUUUAAAAUAAUUUUCAUUUUAUAUUUUUAAUUAUUUAUUCUCAAAACAAUUAAAAUAUAAGGAAAGUCAUCUCUGGAUAGAAUUUGCUGUCUUAAAUGUGUUUUGAUACAUGUUUAUACCCUUAGUCUUGAGGGUGAGUGCUUGAAUAAAACUAGCUUUUGUAAACUAGGAAUCUGCUUUUGUACUCAUUCUAUUUUGUGUCACAUUUCUGAUGUCUAGGUGUGUAUGACUAGUAUAGACAAAUUUACAGUGGC